AUGGGAAUAUCUGGGCUUUUACCCUUACUGAAAUCAAUCCAGCUUCACCGACACCUCUCAGACUUCGCUGGUCAAACACUUGCGGUGGAUGCUUAUGUCUGGCUUCACCGAGGUGUAUACGCCUGUGCCACUGAGAUAGCCACAGGAAAACCCUCUACGAAGUAUGUUGAUUAUGCUAUGCAGCGUGUUCGCUUAUUGCGCCAUCACAAAAUUCGUCCGUAUAUCGUGUUCGACGGUGGGCCACUCCCGGCAAAGCUGGGCACCGAGACUGAGCGCAAGCAGCGGAGGGAUGAAAACCUUGCGAAGGCAAAGGCGCUGGCGUCCCAGGGAAGACACAAAGAAGCCCGGGAAUACUUUGUUAAAUGUAUCGACGUGACUCCUCAGAUGGCGUACCAACUCAUAAAAGCCCUACGCGCAGAGAAUGUGCCAUACGUAGUCGCACCGUACGAGGCCGACGCUCAAAUGGCGUAUUUGGAGCGUGUUGGUCUUGUGGAUGGCAUCAUCACCGAAGACUCGGAUUUGCUUGUCUUCGGGUGUCGAAAUGUGCUCUUCAAGCUGGAUUCUACUUCAAGCACUAUUAUCUCAAUCUCGAGGGAGGACUUUGGAUCAGUGACUGCUACUGAAGGGGGUAUAUCACUUCUUGGAUGGUCGGAUGCUCAGUUUAGGGCUAUGGCUAUCCUUAGCGGAUGUGAUUAUCUGCCGAGCAUUCCAGGAAUCGGGCUGAAGACUGCGUGGUCCUUGCUACGGAAGUAUAGGAGCGUAGAGCAGGUUGUGCAAGCUGUAAGGCUCGAAGGGAAGAAGUCUGUGCCCAAAGGGUAUCUAGAAGCAUAUAAUCUGGCGGAGAAGGUGUUUUUGUACCAGCGUGUUUAUUGUCCCCUGGAUGAGAGACUGGUCAACUUGACAGAGAUCCCCAUGGGAGUUAAGUGGGGCGAUAAAGAGGAAUCGUAUAUCGGAGGGUCAGUCUCUGAACAAUCGCUUGAUGGAGACUUGAGCACUGAUUGA